UUAGGGUUUAGAGGUGACAUUUUUAAUUCUUGAUCGGAAGAUGGCAAAGUUCAACGUAGUACAGAAACGGAGAAGAGAACAAACAGCCCAAAGAAAAAGAGCAGUACAUGGAGACCCAGUCACCGGUAAAUUGAAAAGCCGGCAGCAGCUUCACUCCAUCUCCGGUAAACAGAAACAAAAGCAGCUCAAGAAAUGGCGUAGAGAGCAGAAGGAACUUAUGGAAAAAGGACUGGUUACUAUGGAAGAUGUGGAGAUGGCUGCCGCUGAAGGUGAAGAUUCCUCGAAAAAUGCCAACAAAACACCGAGAAAGUUUAAUGUGAAGAAGAGUUUAAAGCUGAAACGGGGAAAGAGCAAGGGCAAGAAGAAAGGGAAAUCUAAGCCAGGAGCUGAAACUUCAGUGGAGGCAAUGGUAGAAUGAUAAGGAGGAGAAUUGAAAAGAUACCUCUACAACUUGCAGUGAUGCCACAAGUGCACACCAUGCCUUUGGACUUUGAAUUUAACCCAAAUUUUGUUUCUCUUGUAAUCAGAGUUCAUCUUUGAUUUGUUAUUUGUCUUUAGAGAAUACAAAAAUAGUAUUGACAGUGUAUCGAGGCAUGGAAUGAGUAAUGAUAUCUGAAAUUCAAGAA